AUGCAUGACCAGCGCCCACGACGCGCUCGCAAACAGCGGCCAGGCCGCGGCGGAGAUGGCCGCGCUCGUCUCGGGCGCCGACACCACGGGCAGCCCGACGCCGGGCUUCACGGCCAGCCGCGCCAGCGCCAGCACCACGCGCGCGAAGACGUAGAUGACGAUCUGCUGGUUGACGCUGGGGACUUUGCCCGAGCGCGGCGACCGGCCCCCGAAGACGACGUACCCGCCGAGGAGGCCGGCGAAGAAGCUGUCGUAGGGGCCUGGAUGGGGGGAGAGGAUGUUAGUUUUGGGGUUUGGGAGGGGAUUGUGGGUGGGGUGCUUGCCUUCUUUGCCUGGUGUCGCGACGUAGUGCUUGAGGAACAGGCAGGCGAGUUUGUAGAUGGUGGCGAACCGGGCCAGGUUGCAGGCGUGCAUGCUUGUCGCGCGGAAGAUGAGCUGUGCUUUUUCGCGGAGGCUGGACGAGACGGGGGAGACGGUGCCAUUACGCGCGCCUUUGACGACGGCGAGCAGGGAGUGGUAUUUCGGGUCGAGGACGAUACGCUCGGCGAUAGCCUGGGUUUUGCGCGCGGUCAGAAUGUGUUUCUCGAUAGCCUUUGGCCAAAUCGCACCUUGAGGCUCUCCAGGGCGGCGGCCGACAUGGUGCCUCGGCAAUUCGGCGACGCGGGCGGGCAGGCGGGAUUGGAUUGUGCUGCUUUCGAGACUGGCGAUAUUGGCGAUGCAAUGAUUAAUGGCGAUUUGUAUCCGGAUAAGACACCGGCGGCCGAAAAGUAUGAUGGAACGCAUUUGUUAUGGGUGCACGAGAUCGAGUGGCCGGAGCAGGCUAUAUAUGCCCACAGCAAAGACGACCACGUCCACACGCUGCAGGGACUGAAUUUUCUCUGGCGGUUAGGGGCCGUAGGGCUGCUGGAGUAUAAGGUCCGGAGGCUUAUUCACGAAAUCACAGAGCCACAACUCAACGCCUUGCUCGCUGUCACGGACGACCCCGGUAUUGUACUACCGAUUUCGCUUCGGAAGCUGCUCCUUGUGGUCGUGAACGGUCGGGAGGAGGCGAUCCGGUCCGCCCUGGAACUUUUUUAUCCGAUACUGGAGGACCCUGACAACAACAUGGGGGAUGUACCAGUGUGGGACCUGGCGGACGUCGCCGCGAUCGAGAAGCGGAUUGGAUCCCAUACCGAGUGUGCCGAGCUAGAUUGCAGCCCCAGCAACGGUACGAUGGCCACGUAUAGGGUUAGCCGUAGGUACAAGGGCUCCGUGAUGAUUCCGACAAAGACCAAGCGUGUUUAUGUUCAUAUUCAUACAAGCGUCAAAGACUUGUGCGUGAUCGAGAGGGUCCUUGACUAUCGUUAUCGCCCCGACCGUAUAGAGUCCCAAAAAUACGUGGACCGUUGUGAAGUCAACCGGCGUGAAGUCAACCGGCGUGAAUUUUGGGAUUUUGAAGCAAAGCUGCACAGACGCUGGACGCAUGUGGAGGAAACAUGGGACCCCCCAGGGUAUUAUGUGCAGAGAAGAAGAUGGGAGCUACGCUUUGAGCUAGGCUUUAAAGGUUUUCAGGAUUGGGCAUCCCUUGAUUUAAACCUUUCCGACCGCUGGAUGGAUCGGGGCUCCGUCCUAGACUCGGAACUGCUUGAGUGA